AUGGCCCUUUAUUCUAGGUCAAUUGCUGCCCUAAGGCCCAUUGCCAACGCCUGGUUAAAUGUGAACAGAUUGACCCAUGAUAAUUUUAACCUAGUACAAACUCGCAACUUUGGAAGUGGCGAUAUUCAGGCAGUGGCAGCAAGGAUUAAGUCAGUUAAGUCGAUUCAAAAGAUUACGAAGGCAAUGAAGAUGGUUGCAGCUUCUAAGCUUAGAGCCGAUCAGAGGAGGCUGGAGAUAGGACGUCCGUUUACACAGCCAUCCCAAGAUGUGUUGAACUUGUUGCCAAUAUCGAGCACGGAUACCGGUCACAAGGACACAGCCCUGGUUAUAAUGGCAUCUGAUAAGGGGUUGUGCGGAGGCAUCAACUCAUCCAUAGCAAAGGCGACCAGGAAUUUGUUGCAGAGCGUAGAUUCACAGUCGUCGGCAUACUCACUCUACGUGAUAGGGGAAAAGGCAAGGAGCGCCCUGCAGAGGAACUACCAAAAUUUGUUCAAAAACGUGUUCACGGAGGUGACGAAGACGCCAUUCAAUUACGCAAAGGCGGCAUACAUAGCAGAGCUACUGAGACAGGCCAAUCACGACAAUAUUAAAAUCGUCUAUAACCACUUUAAAUCGGUGAUCAGCUACGAGACGAGGGUGUUGGACGUGUUGAGUUGGAAACAAUACUUACUGAUGAACAAGCGCGAACUGAACGUGUUUGAGACUGAGCCGGACAUAGGGAAGUUCUACCCUGACUUCUACGAGUUCUACCUCACGUCCUGUAUAUACGGAUGCAUGCUCGACUCGCUGGCGUCGGAGCAGUCUGCAAGAAUGUCGGCAAUGGACAACGCGUCGUCGAACGCGACGGACAUGCUGAGUAAGCUGACGCUGAGGUACAACAGAGCAAGGCAGUCAAAGAUCACACUGGAGCUCAUAGAGAUCAUCUCAGGAGCAAACGCACUCUAA